ACGCUUAGGAAACGAUUUCAAUCAUUAAUAAGAAUCUACUUUAAUUCACAUAGAGACAUGUAUUUGUAAUUUAUCAUCUUUUUUUUGAUCCGAGUCGAGUAAGGAACACAGACAAGAAGCGUCUGUAUUUGGGGGAUUGUUGACGAUGUAACACCAGAAGUGAGAAAAGCCAAACGCCUCUCGCAUCCUUUCGUUGUGAAUGCAUUUUACCUUUAUUCUCACGGAUUAUUUAUCUAAUUCCCUUCGUAAAUGAGUUGCAGAGGAGACAGUGAUGAUGAUGGCAGCAGUAAACGGAGAGUCGCCUACGUUUACAGCCCGGAGUACAUCGAAACCUGCGACACUUUAUCCAAAGUACCGAACCGGGCGAGUAUGGUUCACUCGUUAAUAGAAGCUUAUGGUUUACUUGAACACAUGAGCGUUGUGAAGCCUCGAGUCGCCACCAUAGAGGAAAUGGCCAAGUUCCACACAGAUUCCUACUUGGAGCAUCUACAUAAGAUCAGCCAGGACGGAGACAAUGAUGACCCCCAGUCAGUCGACUAUGGCCUGGGUUAUGACUGUCCGGUGGUGGAGGGGAUAUUUGACUAUGCAGCAGCAGUAGGAGGAGCUACGCUCACAGCAGCCCAGUGUCUACUGGACCACAAGUGUGGUGUUGCCAUCAACUGGGCAGGAGGCUGGCACCACGCUAAAAAAGACGAGGCAUCAGGUUUUUGUUAUGUGAACGAUGCAGUGCUGGGAAUCCUCCGGCUGAGAGAGAAGUACGAGCGAGUUCUCUAUGUGGACGUUGACCUGCAUCAUGGGGAUGGAGUUGAAGAUGCCUUUAGUUUCACAUCUAAGGUUAUGACCGUCUCCCUGCACAAGUUCUCUCCUGGUUUCUUUCCCGGUACAGGUGACCUGAGUGACACUGGACUGGGUAAAGGCCGCUGGUAUGCUGUAAACGUCCCCCUGGAGGACGGCAUCAAGGAUGACCGAUACUACCAGGUUUUCACCAGUGUGAUGCAGGAGGUGCGGGCACAGUUCAACCCAGAAGCUGUGGUGAUGCAGCUGGGUGCCGACACCAUGGCCGGCGACCCUAUGUGCUCCUUCAACAUGACUCCAGUGGGGGUGGGCAAGUGUCUGCAGCAUGUCCUGCAGUGGCAGCUUCCUACACUGCUGCUUGGAGGAGGAGGUUAUAACCUGGCUAACACGGCUCGCUGUUGGACCUACCUGACGGCAGCAGUGCUGGGAAAGACUCUUUCAUCUGAGAUACCAGACCACGAGUUUUUUACAGAAUAUGGGCCGGACUAUUCACUGGAGAUCAGCCCGAGCUGCCGACCGGACCGCAAUGACACAAAACACCUGGACCAGGUCGUCAGCACCAUCAAAGGGAAUUUAAAGAAUGUGGUUUAGGAGCAGCCUCAACCGUCUACACACACACACACACACACACACACACACACACACACACACACACACACACACACACACACACACACACACACACACACACACACACACACACACACACACACAAUGUUUCUCCAAACCAGGUUGAUUCUCGGCUGCUUUAAUGAAGACAAUAUGAAGCGGACCCCUUCGGCCCUGAGGCAUGGAGCAAAUGAGGGAGGGAUGAAGGCAGGAAAGAGAGAGCAAGAGCGGCUUUUGGAAAACAUUAGCUGAGUGUUUCCAGGGGAAAACAGUUUAAUAAGGGGGAGGGGGUGAUGUGGUCUCUGUACAAUGUUCAGUGAUUUUAAUCCUUUGUUGUUUUUUUAAUUUUUUUAUUAAAGACUUUGUGUGAAUGAGAGAUUUUAUGGCAUGGUUAUGUAAAACUGAAUUAUAUUAAGGUUUUACAGUCUGUGUGCCUCAUUUUCUAUAAAUGUGUGCGUUGCAUCACUCCAACGUUUCAAACUAAAUGGAAAAACAGAUUGUUCAGGUGUCUGGUUUCACAUUCACCCCCAUGCUUGCUGGGAUUUUGGUCCCCCGACGACCAAAACGACUAAAGAACAUUUUAAACAGACAAAAUAUUUCCCAAAAGCCCAGUGUGCCUGUUAAACAUUCUGGGUUUGUGAACAGGUGCGGAAAGUCCUGAAACGUUCGCGAAAUGGAAAGUUUACAACCAAACACCACUUACGUGUUUGCUCAGCUACAUUGUCUUGACCUCCUGGGCAGCGUGUGCAGGUUAAACAUCUGGAUGGAGUUUGACAGGUUUAAAUGGAAACUAUGCAAACAAGGUGAAAAAGGACUUUUUCACACAGACACACAGUGGUGCUGUGUGAAAUAUAAGGAGAAAUAUGGGACAAGAGUGCAUUCAGAGGUAAAGUCAUGACAGAAGAAUAAGACGAUCUGUAGGUGAAAACCAUCCUGUUUAAUGGCUCCGGCUGCGGUGUUUGUGCAGUGUUUAACCGCUGGCAGCACAAGAGCCGCAUAGGAAAUCAGACAAAUGUUUGCAAAAUGAAUUGGAUCAUUAACGAAUGUUUGAAAACAGUGGUUCUGCCCAAAUAAACCAGGAGCUGCCGCCUAGCUCCAAGUGUAUGAUGUGGGUUCUCUCCAUCAGCUGCAACAUGUCAAAGGAAAGUUAGUAAAUGGAGCCUGAAUAGUUUGAACUGCUUUUAUAUUUUAACUCCUGUUUUUGUGGCAGAGGCUCUAAAAUCACUUGUAUGUUACUCUUGACCAGCUACAGCUUAGUUCUGUUUUUUAAGGAGCUGUUUAUUUGGCGCUAACCCCAAACUCGUCAUCCGACCAAGAUCCUCAAAUCUGCUGCCCUUUCGUGAUGUUCAUCCAUCACGCUGGCUGACAAUUGAAAAGAAGCUAAAUGUGAACCAUCCUGGGUUUUUGUGUUGCGUUCGCUGUCACAGAACCAACCUCUUGAUGUGUUUUGAUGUACAUACCGCAGGCGUAUGUUGAAAUAAAAGACGGGAGAGCA